CAGUGUAAACUCCGUGCCAGUGGAUCUCCGGCGCUGUCAGGUGAGUUCUCUGCUGCAGGUCAGUGAGUGGAGCUUCACUAACACAGGACAUUUCACUCGUAAGGAAUUCACAUUUUUGAGACAGCUGAACAAAUUACAUCCAGAGCUCCCGCUGGUUCUCCAGAAUGUUCUAUUUGAGGAAAGUAUCUUAUAGGUAGCACUCAAUCACGGUGGACUGUGACGUGGAGAUGGUCACUUGGGCCGCCUUACUGACAGUGUGCAUGUGUAUACAAAUGCAAACUGCCUCAGGACAGCAAACAUGUGCUUCUACACCACCCAGGGUGGCGGAUUUUACUGUAAAAUACUCCCUCCCCUACUUCCAAACAGACAAACCUAUACAGAACAUAGCAGUGAACUUAGAGGGGCAUCAGCCAGAUGUGUAUAUUGCAUGCCAGAAUGUAAUAGAGGCGGUAAGCUAUUCUAUGGAAAAAAUAUGGGAGCUGAAAACUGGGCCUGUUGGCAGUCCUGAAUGUAAAACAUGUCAGGUGUGUGCCAUAAAAACAGACCCAGGGGAUCCAGUGGAUACAGACAAUGAAGUUCUACUAUUGGAUUCUGAUGGAUCUCCCAAUCCCUACUUGUACAUUUGUGGGAGUACACAGCAUGGGAUCUGUUACUUCAUUGACAUUGGAGAACUACAGCCUAAGUGUUUAUAUAGAAAGGAGCAAAACUCUCCAACCAACUGUCCAGACUGUCUGGCCAGCCCACUUGGCACCAAAGUCACCAUUGUUCAACAGGCAGCCACAUCGCUCUUUUUUGUAGCAGCCUCUGUCAAUGACAAAGUGGCACAGAGGUACCCAAGGAGGUCGAUAUCAGUGAUGAGGCCGCUUUCAACUGAAGAUGGCUUUCAUAUGGUCAUGAAUGGGCUGACAGUACUCCCUGGUCUACGGGACUCUUACAAGAUUGACUACAUCUACAGCUUCUCCACAGAGGAGUAUGUGUACUUCCUGUCCCUGCAGAGAGAAAAUCCAUCAAAGAGCAAUUCGCCUUUUCAGACUCGUCUAGGACGACUGCCAAUAUUGAUCCCAGAGGUGUGGAUGUACAGAGAGGUGGUCCUGGAGUGCCGGUAUGAGCCAAAGCGCAGGAGGAGAAGGAGAGAUGGCUUCAGGAGCAUUGUGUAUAACGGGCUACAGGCAGCAUACUUUGGACGAGCGGGGAAGGACUUGGCAGAUGAGCUGAGAUUGGACGAGAGAGAAGACAUUCUGUAUGGGGUGUUUUCAGAGGUGGAUGUGCGUGGUCACCCUAAAAAAAACUCAGCCCUGUGUGCCUUCUCUUUGACUAAAGUAAACCAUGACAUUGAUAAGGGUGUGGAAGCUUGCUGCACGUCAGGUCCAGAGCAGCUGUCUAGGGGUCUCUGUCACUUCCAGCCGUGCGAGAGCUGCCCACAUGAGAGCUCUGAAGGUAAUGACACAUGCACUGCCAAACCCACUCUGGCGGCAAUGCCAUACUACAGACUAGACCUCUUCAACAGGCAGAUGCAAGAUGUCCUUUUCACUGCUGUCCUGGUUACCACUAUUGGGAAUCACACGCUGGGCCACUUUGGUACCUCAGAUGGACGGAUACUGCAGAUGAUUCUUACUAGGGACAGGCUUAUUGUUUUUGCCAACUAUUCUCUGGAAGGGGCCGAAGUGUCCAGGACAGCCGCUGUGUACUCAGAGGAUUCGCUUCUCUUUGUUGUUGGAAAUAAGAUGUUCAGGGUGCCCUCUGCAGGACCGGGAUGUGCACAUCUUACGACGUGCUCCAUGUGUUUGAUGGCUCCACCCUUCAUGAAGUGUGGCUGGUGUUCGGGAAUCUGCUCGAGGCAGCAUGAGUGUGCGUCGCAGUGGAGCAAAGACUCUUGCACACCUAUCAUAACAGAGUUUUUCCCUAAAACGGCACCUGCUGGAGGUGAGACAGAAAUGACAGUGUGCGGCAGGGAGUUUCAGUCUCCUCAGCGAUCGGCCAUUAUCAGCGGCAAAACCCACAUCAUCACAGUGGGCUCCAGGACCUCGUGUACUGUCCUACCUGAAAAGAGCAGUAGUGAAAUGAUAGUAUGCAAGAUUCAGGGAAAAACCAUACCAAACCCGGACCUCAACAUCACUCUGAAAGUGCAAGAAGGGCAAGUGGAGGGCCGCUACGCUAUUAGAGGCACUGCUCAGAUGCCUGGCUUUUCUUUUGUGGAGCCUAGCAUAAGCGAAAUCAGGCCUGACUAUGGACCAGUAUUUGGAGGAACAACAGUUACACUUGUAGGCAGAUAUCUUAAUUCUGGGAUACAAAGAGAUGUCUUCUUUGCUGACAAAAAGUGCAACAUUCUCAGUGCUCCUGAAGGAAAUAAGACUUUGUCUUCAAUCGUCUGCAACACUGCAGCUGCUGCAGUUGUCGGGAAGGUACCUGUGAAAGUCCUCAUUGACAACUUUCAAGUGACGACCACUGAGAUGUUCUUCUACAAGGAAAACCCUGUUAUAACCUCUGUACAACCUCACUGCAGUUUCCAAAAUGGCUCUAAGCUGGUGAUAGAAGGCCAGAAUCUUGACUCUGCCCACAAAACUGUGGUUCAAUAUAUUCCCAAAGAUAAAAACCUCCAGUCUCAUCAACAAGUCUGCGAAGGCACAACGAAUGCCACACAUAUGGAGUGCUUGGCCCCUGCGUUUCCUGAAAUGUCAGAAGACAAGUCUGAGACGGGAGAUAUUUUAAUUCACAUGGAUGGAAAAAGUAACCUCUGGAAAAGACGUUUUGACUACUACUCUGAUGUCAAAAUCAUUCCCUUUGAAAAUGAUGACAGUGUAUUGCUUCUAAAACCAGGAGAGACGGAAGUUUCACUGCAUCAUAGCAAACUGAAUAUAGUGAGCACAUGUAUGAAGAUCAUAAUGACUGUUGGGGGUGUGAACUGCAAUGCAAAGGUUCUAGUAAAUGAGCUGACAUGCAGGAUUCCCAAAGGCCUGGAAAUCCCCAGCGAGGGAUUGCCAGUUAGGGUGUAUGUGAAUGGGGAAAUUCAUAAUGUGGGUACAGUAGUCAACGAUGACAACAACAACAACACUGUGAUUGCGGGCAUUGUGCUGGGCAUCAUUGCUGCAUUGGUAGUAGGUGCUGGCCUUGCAUUAAUUGUGAUGAUCCAUUUGAGGAAGAAAAAGAGAGCCAUCAUAGAGAAUCGUUUAUCAACAAUGCUUUCACGGAACCACAUAAGCAAUGGCCCAGAUCUCUCCCUGACCGGUGACUACAGACAAGUAGAUCUGUCCAAUCAAACAUCAGGCUCUGGAGGAAUGGCGUUCCAAGGUUUGUUGUAUGCUGCCAGCUAUGAUCAUCUGGCCGUUCCUUUAAUGCCACGGGACGACAUCUCAAUGGUCAGUCUAAGUUCUGAUCUUCUCGAAGAAGUCAAAGGUGUCCUGAUCCCUGCCGAGAUGCUCCGAAUUGAGGAAAACCAGAUUAUUGGCAAAGGCCACUUUGGGACAGUCUAUCAUGGUUACCUGAUAGACAGCAAGCAAGAGAUCCACUGUGCUGUUAAAUCAUUGAACAGGAUCACAGAUUCGGGGGAGGUGGAUCAGUUUCUCAGAGAGGGCAUCAUUAUGAAAGGUUUCCACCACCCUAACAUACUGUCUCUGCUCGGCAUCAUGCUGCCCAAAGAAGGGCUCCCUCUGGUGGUUCUACCGUAUAUGAAGCACGGGGAUGUGCGUCAUUUCAUCCGCUCUGAGAAAAGGAACCCAACAGUGAAAGACCUGAUUGGCUUUGGGCUUCAGGUUGCCAAAGGGAUGGAGUAUUUAGCCCAGAAAAAAUUUGUCCACAGAGACCUAGCUGCACGUAACUGCAUGCUGGAUGAAACCUUCACAGUAAAGGUGGCUGACUUCGGCAUGGCAAGGGACAUAUAUGACAAGGAGUACUACAGCAUUCAAGAUCAGAAACGGGCAAAGCUUCCAGUGAAGUGGAUGGCCAUCGAAAGCCUGCAAACACAAAAGUUCACUAUCAAGUCUGAUGUGUGGUCAUAUGGGAUCUUAUUGUGGGAGCUGUUGACCAGAGGUGCUAGCCCAUAUCCAGGUGUGGACCCCUAUGACAUCACACACUACUUGUUGAAGGGACGUCGGCUUCCCCAGCCACAGUUUUGCCCUGAUACUCUCUAUUCCAUCAUGCUGACAUGUUGGGACCCAGAGCCCGAGUGCAGGCCUAGCUUCAGUAGCCUGGUUACAGAAGUACAACACGUCCUGUCCUGUCUGGAAGGAGAGCACUACAUGAGUCUGAAGGUUAACUAUGUCAACUUAGACCAGCCAAGGCCCUACCCAUCCCUGACUGGAUCUGCCGAUGAGGCUGAGGCCUCGGACUUGGAGGCAGACAAUAAUGUUGCCGGAUCACUGCAGCAAGAGAAGGCACGCAAGUUCUUCAUCAAAGCGGGUCAUCAAAGCGGCUGAAGAAAAAAUGACACAGCACUUGUUCACUGCCAGGUGCAGAAAAGGUGGCAGUAAAUAUGAUAAGCUCUGGUUGUGUUAAGGUGGAGGCUAAGAAUUUGAAAAUGAAGUGAUGUUUGCAUCUAAAGACUGAACAGAAAGCCAAAAUGAUGGAUAGUUUUUGCUCUUAACAACCAUUGCAUUUGAUUUUUGCUUUUAUUCAAGUCAUGGAGAGGCAAACAUAGGAUGUACUUGUGUUUAAAUGGUUACUGGCUCCAAAGAAAGAAAGAAAACAUGACCGCAAAUGAUAAAGAGGAGGCGAGGGGUAGAAAACAAAGUUAGACAUUAAAUAAGCAUUAAUGAGCUGCACAUGAACCCCCAGUGGAGAAAAGAUACAACUUCCUGUACAUCAGCCCGGGCCACCCAAAGAGUUGAAGCUUCUCUGCCAAGUGCUACAAAGUCUCCCAGAUGUCAUGAAAUAACCUAAAGUUUUUAAAGCAAGUCUCCGACUACAGUUCUGCACAGAUUUGGCUUCUGACUCUUCAUAAUGUCAACUUGCAGAGUCAUCGUGUAAGAAACUUGCCAGUGCAGCUUCUUGGAUUACAUGAAGCAGUUGGCAUUUAAAAUAAAAUUUGGCAUGAAACAAAGACACUGACAUUGAAAUCAAAACUUGAAAAAAAAUAAAAUAAAAUUGGCGUCAGCCAAGUGAGAGUGAGAAAGAAUUUUUUCAA